AUGCCUAAGAAUACUACAGGAAUCUACGACAGUAAUGGAGUUUACGCUUUGGAUUCACCUCUCUCGAAACGGAUUAAAUUUUGGCUUAUUAUCAUCUGUGAAACGUCAUCGAUUCCUUGUUAUUUGUUUGUAAUUUAUCAAUAUCUGUACCAAAAAGAACUUAGAAAAGCCAUUCAGAAUCAUGCCCUUAUGGUCAAACUAUGUAUCAAUUUUGUUAUCUUGACGAUUGAUUUAUCAAUGCACUUGAGUUUUCUUCGAUUGGGCUACGUUCUACCAUCUACUCCAGGUGCUUGUCUUCUCUGGCAGCUGGUCGACUAUGGGUUUUGGUUUGGAGAUAUUUUUCUAACAUGUUGGAUGUCAAUAGAACGAUAUAUUCUAAUUUUCUACAGUCAUUGGGUCAACACACCGUACCGUUGUAUAUUCAUUCAUUAUAUUCCAUUGAUAUUUUUCUCUCUUUACUGUCCAGUCGUUUACAUUUAUUUAAUCUUUUUCUAUCCCGUAGCACAUGCGUAUGACUAUUCAUUUCUUCUAUGUGGUGGCCCUUAUUUUUACCUCGAUAUAGCACCCUGGUUAAUAUGGUAUGAAUCACUCGUUCAUUAUGUCAUUCCCAUAUUUGUCAUUGUGAUACUGAGUGGUGCCAUGAUCAUUCGUGUUUUAAUACAGAAGUAUCGUUUACGUCAAAUAGGUCGAUGGAACAAAUAUCGCAAGAUGCUUAUUCAAUUUAUUUGCAUAUCAGCGGUCUACAUAUUUGAUCUUCCUUAUAUUAUUGUUACUAUUGUACGUUGGUCAGGAUUAACAGAUUUCGGAACGGAUGUACAAGGACCUUACUUUUACUAUGUGGACUAUAUUCCAACAAUUUUACUCUCGUUUACACUACUUGGUACUAUUCCACACGUGAAGACUAGCUUUAUUGCUUUGAUUUACCGUAAAAAACAGAACAUGAGGGCUUCUGUUGCACCGCACAUGAAUUGUCGUGUUUAG